GAUUGCGAACUCGAACCCCUGACCUAUUGGGCGGAGCUCCGCCGCGCUCCUGCCCUCGGCCCGGAUGGGUCUCCUGGCUGGGACUCGGGGCACCUGGAGUUAAUGUCCAACUGGAGGUCUGCGGAGACCGGAUCCGAGGUGCCGCCGCCGGACGGGACUCUAAGAUGAAGUUAUGGGAUGUCGUGGCUGUCUGCCUGGUGCUGCUCCACACCGCGUCCGCCUUCCCGCUGCCCGCCGCAAAUAUGCCAGAGCAUUAUCCUGAUCAGUUUGACGAUGUCAUGGAUUUUAUUCAAGCCACCAUUAAAAGACUGAAAAGGUCACCUGACAAACAGAUGGCAGUGCUUCCUAGAAGAGAGCGGAAUCGGCAGGCUGCAGCUGCCAACCCAGAAAAUUCCAGAGGAAAAGGCCGGAGAGGCCAGAGGGGCAAAAAUCGGGGGUGUGUCCUAACUGCGAUACACCUAAAUGUCACUGACUUGGGUUUGGGUUAUGAAACCAAGGAGGAACUGAUAUUUAGGUACUGCAGCGGCUCUUGCGAUGCAGCUGAGACAAUGUAUGACAAAAUAUUGAAAAACUUGUCCAAGAGCAGAAGGCUGGUGAGUGACAAGGCGGGACAGGCAUGCUGCAGACCCAUCGCCUUCGAUGACGACCUGUCAUUUCUAGACGAUAACCUGGUUUACCAUAUUCUAAGAAAGCAUUCCGCUAAAAGGUGUGGCUGUAUCUGACUCCGGCUCCAGAGAGUGCUGUGUAUUGCAUUCCUGCUACAGUGCACAGAAAGGGACCAAGGUUCCCAGGAAAUGUUUGCCCAGAAUGGAAGAUGAGGACCAAGAAGGAGAGGAGGAGACGGAGGAAGAGGAGGAAGGCAGCCGUUGUGGGAGCCUGGUAGAGAGAGAUCCAGCUACAGAAGACUGGACAGGAGAGAGAGCAAAGGGCCGUCUGGACCCUCCGGGACGGCCGCCGAUGCCAGCAGAAGCUCGGGGCUGGGGUCCCUGGCUGGCUGUGACGUCAUGCACCGCCAGCUAUCGCCGGUACAGUUGCGGAUGCACUCGAAGAACCACACCAGUGUAUCUCCUGGGGUCUGCGCUCACCAGGGAACCCAUCGUCCUGGUGUCACUCCUUGUCAUUAUGUUUUACUGCUGGAAGUCAGAGAGGCGCAUUUUUGCUGUCACUCAGUGGAGACCUACCCUGGAGAGCAGAGGAGGCAAACAAACAUACAAACAGAAACGUAAAGACGCAAGAGAUGCUAACCUUUGGAUUUGAACACUGAGGCCUGAGGUCUGCUACAACCAGCGUUUUGGGGGAAUGCUGGGUGGUGGACCUUGAACGUGGUGUGAAGGGUGGGAAGAAGUUGUCUAGGAACCAAAAAGGCUCUCCUCGGGAUUUCCAGCAAGCCUGAGAGCAUUGCCUUUCUGUCCUUGGAAAAAGGAAACAAAUUGGCGUUUCCAGGAGAGCGAGUGGGGAAGGCACCCGGCUGCCCCUGGGGCACGGGGCAGGGAGCCGGGCCCCGGGCCUGUCGGUUUACAGAGAGACACACGUUACAUACCCAGCUCCACUUAUGCGUGGUCACCAGUGACCAGAGAAGCUAAUCGAUGCAAUGCAUCUGUUUCAGAUACAGAAAUAUAGAGAAGAUAUUUAUUGAGAUUUAAGUUAUUGUUAUUUAUUACCAUUCACUAAUGAAUUUCUCUUUUUUCCCCUUAUUUAUUAAAGUUUCUUUUCAAAGGUGCCAAAGUAUAUGUACUCGCAAAAUGCAAAGAAAGGUGACAAAAGGAAAUUUUAAUUGGGGACGCGGGUCCAGGCUUUUCAAAGUAUUAACAAGUUUCUCGCUAGGCAAAAAUCACUUACUUUACCUUUUUAAGAAAAUCCCAUUAGCUUCCCUAGGUUUCAGGUUUUUUCCCUAUUUCUCUUUCUCUCUCUCUCUCUCUCUCUCUCUCUCUCUCUCUCUCUCUCUCUCAUUUUAAAUAUGUCAGAAGGAGUGUCUCUGGCCAGCCCCUUACCAGGAGAGGUGUGUGGAGGCCAUGGGCCUCUGUGGCCCCACCACUGAACAGAUCCACCUUGUGUCUACUCUCUGCUGAUUUAAGCUCUUACUCCCUUCCACAUCUAUCUAGCGAUAAUGUGCAUAGCCAUAUAUAUAUAAGGCGAAAUUCCUUUUCAUAAGUAGCCCUGGAUUUAAUACUGACCCAAAAGUCAACAAUGCUGUCCAGUAGCCACUGUUUGGCCCUGAUGGUGGGGACUCCCCCUCCACCCUUGCCCACCCGCUACCUCCCUGAGAAGUAUGCUGGCCACCCAGCUCAGCCAAGUGCCCAUGAAUGGGCUUCAGAGGUGCAGGGCGUCCACCUCACCUCCACAGGUGCUGCUCCUGUACAUCCGAGCCCCGCCUGGACAUCACGGGGCUGAGAAGGGUGGAUGGGGAGGUGUGUGGUACACACGCGGUGCAGAUGCACCAAGCUUCACACAGGGCACACCCCCUUUCCCAUGAAAGAGCGGGGUGGGGGCAAGGCACAAGAUGGGCACCCCCACUCCUGGUUAUGGAUUUGCCUAGCAGGCGACACACGCUCGGUGCGUAUUCAAGCAUGCGUGAGAGUUGUUUACGACGUUUGGACAGGCAUUCUAACCAGGAGACAAGCUAUCACUAAAUCAGGGGCUGUGAGCCAUGGCACUAGGGCAGAUCUAGCGGUGAAAUGACCUAUUGGCCUCCCACAAACAAUCGUGCUAAUUUUACAAAGUAACCAAGGAACAGAAGCUACCAGCCAUCCCCUCUCUGUCACCUUGAGAUGCAAGUUCUCCAUCAUUCUGCUCCCCCACACAACUGGGAAAAGGAGGAGGGGGCGCCCCCUUACCCUGUCCUGGGCCUUGCUGAGAAGUGGCUGCUCACAGCAGUGACAGCCCCAGCCGUCUGCUCACCCAGGACACAGCUUGGACGUGGCCCUGGGAGCUGUCCGCCCCAGAGGACCCUGGCCAAGGUGCUGGGGGAUCGUCCCAGGUGCCCACGGAGGGUCCCUGCCCAGAGGGGCUGCUGGGAUCAGUGGGGGUUGGCCGCAUGUUCCCAGCAUCACCUACACACCAUAAAAGCAGGCUUUAAAGGAAGCAAAUUGCUCCACCCAAUCCACAAAAGGGUAAAGUUUGUGAUUUUUCUUUAUCAUUGCGAUCACCAACUGAUACCGUAAGGAGUGCACUUCUUUGGAAGUUCUGACUUCUCUGAUCUGUCUCGGUCGUUUGUGUUAUACAACCAAAGUUCUCUACAGACUUUAUUUUUGUACAAUAUCAUUUUGUAACUUUUUACAAAUAAAAGCUC